AUGUCAGGUUUCUUACAUAAACAAUGGAUAAAACAAAAGUUAUUAAAUUAUCUGAAUGAUAUUGAUGAACCUGUCAAAAAGCCUAUAAGAGCACAGAUAUUUGAGGUAUGCUCUUUUCGAUUGGAAACAGAUAAUUUGAAAGAAAAAACCUGUGCCAAAAUCCAUGAUAAACGAUUUUACAUUCGAUGUUUCUUUAGCGAAGAAUAUGCCUCUAUAAAACCUCUCGGUUACGACUGUUUUUUAAACAUCGAAAGAUUCAAAUAUUCGACUAAUAUUUCUCAUGGACUCGAAGAUAUUCGAUUAAUGGAUGUUCGAGAAGAUAAUGAUGUUAAAGUCGCGUUAAGGAGACGAUAUAUAAAACUUUAUCCAUUUUCUCAUCCUGGGUGGGGGUGGCGCCGUGUUCCACAUGAACAGAGGAAGAUAGAUGCAUUACCAGGCUGGGGAAGUAACACAGAAACAUUGGGACCGGAACCUGAUAUAAACAAACAAAAGUUAAGUGCAAUAGUUAGGGAAAAAUCAAAACAUUUCAUGAAAACUACGCCAGCAGAG